AUGAGCUCCACAAACUCCACCCCCUCACCCUCCAUCCCCACCACCCCAGCCGCCCACUCCCGCCGCGCCUCACACGACUCGGCUCACGACGCCCACCACUUCGUCGUCCUCCAGCAACAGCGUGAAAACGAGGAAAAGACACAGCACAAGAUCAACACGAGCAUCAAGAAGAUGUGGGAGGGCGUCAAGAGGCAUGCUAGUGAGCAUCAUCGCAGUGUUAAUGCCGCAUAUAUGGCGAGCUAUGGGUGCGGGGCUCCGGGAGGUGUGAGGAAUUAG